AUGGCGGCGCCCAGCGCUGCUGCCCCGGAGAGCGAGGAGGGGCCCGGGGGUAAACCGAAGUCCCCAGCCGUCACCCCGCAGAAGAUCCGGGAGCUGAUAGACGGGGGGAUCGCCCCGGAGGAGCCCGGCCUGGAGGGAAAGGACACAUCUGCCUUGUCAGAAUCAACUAAUGGCUCUUCACAAACAGAUGCUCUUCCUUUUGAGACAACUAGUAAAGAAGCCUUCUUCAGCAGAGUAGAAACGUUUACUUCUUUGAAGUGGGCAGGCAAACCUCAUGAGCUGUCCCCCCUGAUAUGUGCCAAAUAUGGAUGGACCAAUAUAGAGAGUGACAUGCUGAAGUGCUCCAGCUGCCAGGCCUUCCUCUGUGCAAGUUUGCAGCUGGCAUUUGACUUCAACAAGUACAAGGAGAGGUGUGCGGCGCUGAAGAAAGCUUUGUGUACUGCCCAUGAGAAGUUCUGUUUCUGGCCAGACAGCCCCUGCCCAGAUCGCUUUGCUGUUUUACUGGUUGGCGAGCCCAUAGCCCUCGUCAGUGACUUCCUGGAUCGCUUUCAAAGCCUGUGUCAGCUAGAACUUCAGCUGCCCUCUCUGAAACCAGAGGAUCUGAAAAAUAUGUCCUUGACAGAAGAUAAAAUCAGCCUUCUCCUGCAUCUGAUCGAGGAGGAACUCGAAUGCAAAACCGAAGGGGAGAAAACACCGAUGAAAUUGGGCUCUGACCUCUUUCAAGUACAUGUCCCCGCCUGCAUCCUGGCCCUCUGCGGCUGGGCUUACAGCCCUUCGUCAGGGUCCAUGCACCUCCCAGUGAUCACGUGUUCCCGCUGCAUGAGGAAGGUGGGGCUGUGGGGUUUCCAUCAGAUUGAGUCUUCCAUGCUCGAAUUGGACUCUUCCUUUGGAUUCAGCAGCACUCCCACCACGCCCACAGAGGCACGCUCGGACCGAGCCCCACUGGUGCCCACGUCUCCCCGCAGGAUGAUCACGAGGAGCCAGGACACAACGUUUCCUCCGGGCUCGGAGCAGCACGAGAAGAGCCCAUCCCCCGUGACAGCCCGUAUGCGGAGCUGGGAUGGCUCGAGCCCCAUGGACCGGGCCGAGCCGGAGGCAUCAAGCCCGUCGCCGAGGAGCCGCCCGGUGACCCGCAGCAUGGGGCAGGGGGACAGCGUGGAGGUGCCAUCCAGCCCUCACAGGAGAGCCAAGCGGGCGCGCCUCUGCUCUUCCAGUAGUUCGGACACGUCCACCAGAAGCUUCUUCGAUCCCAGCUCUCAACACCGUGACUGGUGCCCUUGGGUCAACCCAGUGCAGGAGAAGGCCGUCUCAGAGGACACCGGCGACCAAUCGGAGCAGACAUCUGUGAAGGCGGAGCCUGGCUGGCGGGUGGUGCUGAAUGUUCUCCUGGCCGCCAGGAAAUCAAACAGAGCAGCUGACGCAGAGCUUGUGAGCAUCUCGGUAAAAUCCUGCAAGGUGUUCCGGAUCUUCCGGCAGUGGGAAGCCACGUGCUCCUCCUGAAGGCGGGCUGCAUGGGACGUUGGGUUGGAUUAGAGAGCUCCUUUGCAGUUGCUUGCCAGGCAGCUCCUGGAGCUGCUCCUCCAGGCCCGGCGAGCAACGGGAGCCCUUUCCUGGGGGAUGCAGGUAAUUUGGGGGUGCCCAAAGCGCGGUGUGAAGGCCACACUCGGCCCUGGCUGUAAACCGCACCCACUGCAGCUCUCGGAGCCGUUGGCUUGGGGCAGCCCCCCGCCGGCUCUGCCUUUCCCCCACCUCCAACCAGAGCAGGCUCCAGGCGGGGAGGAUCUUUUCUGCCAAGGAACUACGUCCAUUUCAUAGAUUAGUGCAGCAGAUGGGCCGAGGCCUGUCCCUCACUGCACACCAUACAGGGGCCUAUGAGCCAGGGCCCCGCUGGCUUGGGGAUGUGAUGACAGGUAGUAAUAAAAAC